CUACCAUGCCACGAGGCUAUAUUUAGACAAGGAGCAGCCUGCUGAGGAUGAAGAAGGCCAUCUUGAUGACUUGAGAGCAGCAAACGCUCAGGAUAGAGUUGACGGCAGUGGGGUGGUAGGGGCGAGGCUGGGGCGGGAGAUUUGGUGAUGACGCUCUUGGUGUUGAGUUUGGCGACCGGCCUCGCCGGUACCUUCAACGGCAGCACCCCUGCAGCAGCACCACGACGCAUCUGCAAGAGCUCGGCAACACUUACGGAGCUCAACAACAACCUCGGGAAAAUAGCUCAGUGCCUUGGGAAGACAGUAGAGCGGUUUUUGCUGGUGGAUAUUGCUCCGGAGCAUGGUCAGGAGAAGGUGGGGCUUGCGGCAGCAGCUUGCCUCGUUGCUUCCUCCGUCACCCACGAUUGCGUGGAGCGCCGUCAGAGGAAAGCGAGACUGCGACAGGAGCCCUCAGCAUAUGAUCCCCCGACUUUGAAGCAACUCCGAGCCGACUUAGAAGCAACUCCGAGCCGACUUAGAAGCAACUCCAAACAGGGCAGGUCUCCUCGUCUGAUCAGCGCUCACAAACGCAAGAAACGACACCCUCCAGCUUACUACCAAAGCAACACCUUGCUGUGACGACAUAGAGCCUACUCUGAGAGCCUAUCACAUGUAGCAAGCUUGCUGGCUUCCUGG